UGUCAUGUCAUGUCAGUCGCAAAUUGAUGGAUUUAUUUUUUCGGUCGUUGAUGGUUGUGCUGGUGCCUCCUGGGUUGAUUAUUCCAGUGGGUAAUCAUUCAGAUGUUCAUUCGACACCAGCAUUUUGUAAAAAUUGUGUAGUUUUAUGUGUUGUAAAACAGUGAUAGUUUGAUUACUGGUUAUCAUAGCCAUAACAAUUCUCAAAAUGGCUAGUGUCUCGUAUCAAAUUGCAAAUCUUCUCGAGAAGAUGACAUCUAGCGAUAAAGACUUCAGGUUCAUGGCUACUAAUGACUUGAUGACUGAGUUACAAAAGGACAGCAUCAAACUUGAUGAUGAUUCUGAAAGAAAGGUAGUAAAGAUGCUGUUACGUUUACUGGAAGACAAGAAUGGUGAAGUCCAAAAUUUAGCAGUGAAAUGCCUUGGUCCUCUUGUAAACAAAGUAAAGGAAUAUCAAGUAGAAAGCAUUGUCGAAACUCUCUGUGCUAAUAUGCUCUCAGAUACGGAACAACUACGUGACAUCAGUAGCAUUGGAUUAAAAACUGUAAUUUCAGAGCUUCCUUUAGGCUCUAAUACUUUAGCUGCUAAUGUUUGUAAGAAAAUUACUGGACGACUGAGUAGUGCUAUUGAGAAGCAAGAGGAUGUGUCGGUCCAACUGGAAGCAUUAGACAUCCUAGCUGACCUGUUGAGCAGAUUUGGUGGACUGCUCAUAUCUUUCCAUCCAUUGUUGCUAAACUCCCUACUGCCUCAACUUGCUUCUCCUCGCCAAGCUGUACGUAAACGCACAAUAGUUGCAUUGUCCCACUUGGUCAUGUCCUGUAAUGCAUCUCUGUACAAUAAACUCAUUGAUCAUCUUCUGGAAGGACUGGGAUCCUCUACGUCUUCCAGUGUCAGUCGUACACACAUACAAUGCAUUGCUUCAGUAUGUCGUCAAGCAGGUCAUAGAUUUGGAGAGCAACUGUGGCGUGUCGCGCCUCAAGUUCUGGAACAUUCUAACGAUGCUGAUGAGGAGCUGCGUGAGCACUGUCUUCAAGCCCUGGAGGCGUUUGUUUUGAAAUGCCCCAAAGAAGUGCAACCUCAUAUUCCAACGAUUAUUGACCUAUGCUUGAAAAUGAUCACAUAUGAUCCAAACUACAACUAUGAGGAUGAGGAAGAAGACGGUGGUGGUGAGGAUGAGGAGAUGGAGGAUGAAUCUUUUGCUCCAGAUGCUGAACCCGAGUCCGAUUCUGAGGAAUAUUCUGAUGACGAUGACAUGUCUUGGAAGGUGAGACGCGCGGCUGCCAAGUGUUUAGAGUCUGUCAUUGCAACGCGCCAUGAGCUUUUAGCGGAAAUGUAUCAAUCUGUAUCCCCAGCUUUGAUUGCGAGAUUCAAAGAGCGUGAGGAGAACGUGAAAUGCGACAUCCUGAGCGCUUACACCGCUUUGCUGCGCGCCACGCGGCCCCCGCCCGCGCUGCAGUUGAACAUGGCGCCUGCUGCCGACUCCCCGCAAGCACUGUUGAUCCAGAGGGUCCCGGGAGUAGUGCGUGGCGCCCUUCGCGUGAUUCGCGGGCGCAGCGUGCGCGCUCGAGGCUGCGCGCUAGCCUUGCUGCGUGAACUACUCACUGCCGCGCCUGGAUGUCUUGCCGACCACGCCGCUCGCGUCGUUCGCGCUUUGACACCUGCUCUUACCGACAAAAGCACAGCAUCGUCCAUGAAGAUCGAGACUCUAGUGUUCGUGGUGUGCCUGCUCCGCGGGCACGCGGCGGGCGCCAUGCGGGCGCACGUGGCGGCGCUGACGCCGGCGGUGCUGGCGUGCGUGCACGACCCCUUCUACAAGGUCACGGCCGAGGCGCUGCGCGUGCUGCAGACACUCGUCAAGGUCAUCCGGCCGCUGGAUAACAUCGAAAUGAUCGAGGGCUCCGACGAGGUCCACGUGGAGCCGCCGCCCGAAGAGCUGCAGCAGUUCAUCCCGGCGAUGUACGAGUGUACGCUAGUGCGACUGCGCGCCACCGACAUGGACCAAGAGGUCAAGGAACGCGCCAUCGCCACGUGUGGACAGCUCAUCUGCCACUUCGGGGACUAUUUGCAGAACGAACUUCCAGUGUGCCUUCCAAUAUUCUUAGAGCGACUGCGCAACGAAAUCACACGCCUGACUACUGUUAAGGCUCUUACUAAAAUAGCUUCAUCACCUUUACGCAUCGAUUUACGACCUAUUUUGUCUGAUGUGGUGCCAAUCCUUGGGUCUUUCCUGAGAAAGAACCAACGAGCUCUGAAAUUAUCUACCUUGGUGUUGUUGGACACGCUAGUCCAAAAUUACAGUAAUGAUAUCAGUAUAGAAUUACUUAGUAAGGUGCUAAUGGAGGUCCCGCCGCUUGUGUGCGAGUCGGAUCUACACUGCGCGCAAACAGCGCUCGCUUUAGUUCGAGGCGCAUGUGUCCGCUGUCCUGCCGCGCUUACGGCUGAUGCCCGCCAGGCGCUCACGCCUAAUAUCCUCGCGCUAGCCAAGUCACCGCUGCUGCAAGAACCAUUUUCAAGAUCCUUUAUAAAUGAUGAAAGUAAGUUUUACAACGAAGGUUCUGAAGUUACGCGGCGCCUUNUGCUGGCGUGCGUGCACGACCCCUUCUACAAGGUCACGGCCGAGGCGCUGCGCGUGCUGCAGACACUCGUCAAGGUCAUCCGGCCGCUGGAUAACAUCGAAAUGAUCGAGGGCUCCGACGAGGUCCACGUGGAGCCGCCGCCCGAAGAGCUGCAGCAGUUCAUCCCGGCGAUGUACGAGUGUACUUUAGUGCGGCUGCGCGCCACCGACAUGGACCAAGAGGUCAAGGAACGCGCCAUCGCUACUUGCGGACAGCUCAUCUGCCACUUCGGCGACUAUUUGCAGAACGAACUUCCAGUGUGCCUUCCAAUAUUCUUAGAGCGACUGCGAAACGAAAUCACACGCCUAACUACUGUUAAGGCUCUUACUAAAAUAGCUUCAUCACCUUUACGCAUCGAUUUACGACCUAUUUUGUCUGAUGUGGUGCCAAUCCUUGGCUCUUUCCUGAGAAAGAACCAACGAGCUCUGAAAUUAUCUACCUUGGUGUUGUUGGACACACUAGUCCAAAAUUACAGUAAUGAUAUCAGUAUAGAAUUACUAAGUAAGGUGCUAAUGGAGGUCCCGCCGCUUGUGUGCGAGUCGGAUCUACACUGCGCGCAGACAGCGCUCGCUUUAGUUCGAGGCGCAUGCGUGCGUUGUCCUGCCGCGCUUACGGCUGACGCCCGCCAGGCGCUCACGCCUAAUAUCCUCGCGCUAGCCAAGUCACCGCUGCUGCAAGGCGGCGCCCUCCACAUCAAGCAGGAGACGCACAGUAGCGCAGGCGAUGCUGAGCGUGCUGGUGGAGGAACUGCAGUGCGCCAUCUAGCGGAUCUCUCAUUCGCGAAAACCCUCAUUGAAGCGAUCAUAAGUUUACAGUCACGCAUCUUGAUUCGCUUACUUGAAUUCCUUACAGUAUUUAAAAACGUGUGUUUAUUCCAGGCGUUCCACUCGCUGGCCAAGUGCGUGGCGGCCGUGGUGGUGGCGGGCGGGCAGGCGGAGGCGCUGGAGGUGGUGCGCGGCUUCCUGCGCGACGCCGCGCACCCGCCCAGCGACCCCACGCAUAUGUUCGCGCUGCUCGCACUCGCUGAGAUAGGGCGCCACUUAGAUCUAAGCUCGAUCCCGAACCUGAAGGAGGUGCUGCUGAACUCGUUCACUCCCUCCUCCGAGGAGGUGAAGUCCGCCGCGAGCUACGCGCUGGGCUCGGUGGCGGUGGGCAACCUGCCCGAGUUCCUGCCCUUCAUCCUGCGCGAGAUCGAGGCGCAGCCCAAGCGGCAGUACCUCCUGCUGCACUCGCUGAGAGAGAUUAUUUCAUGUGAAUCUUGCACACCUGAAGGCGUAGAAGCGCUUAGGCCAUUUAUCCCUGAAAUCUGGGUGCAACUAUCUAAACAUUGUCAAUGUGCCGAAGAAGGAUCCCGUAAUGUUGUUGCCGAAUGCUUAGGAAAAUUAUGCUUGUUAGAACCCCAAGACUUAUUGCCGCAUUUGAAAGAGUUCCUGAAAUCGCCCGAGCCACUGACUAGAACAACUGCUGUAACUGCCGUCAAAUUCACCAUCUCGGAUCAGCCGCAAGCCAUCGACCCGCUUCUCCGCGCGUGCAUGGCCGAGCUGUUAGUCCCGCUGCGCGACCCGGCGCUGGGCGUGCGGCGCGUGGCGCUGGUGGCCUUCAACUCGGCCGCGCACAACAAGCCCUCGCUCAUCCGCGACCUGCUGCCCAGCGUGCUGCCCACCAUCUACAGCGAGACCAAAGUCAAGAAAGAGCUCAUCCGCGAAGUAGAAAUGGGUCCAUUCAAGCACUCGGUCGACGACGGCCUGGACCUACGCAAGGCGGCCUUCGAGUGCAUGUACACACUGCUCGGCAGCUGCCUGGACCGCCUCGACGUGUUCGAGUUCCUGCGCCACGUGGAGGACGGCCUGCGCGACCACUACGACAUCAAGAUGCUCACCUACCUCAUGUGCGCGCGGCUGGCUCAGCUGUGCCCCGCUGUAGUGCUGCAGAGGCUAGAAAGCUUAGUGGAGCCUCUUAGAGCGACGUGCACGAUGAAGGUGAAGGCCAACUCAGUGAAGCAGGAGUACGAGAAGCAGGACGAGCUCAAGCGCUCCGCGCUGCGGGCGGCCGCGGCGCUGCUGCAGAUACCCGAAGCCGAAAAGAACCCUCACCUGAUGGACUUCGUGACGCAGAUCAAGUCGUUCCCGGACCUGCAGCCCAUCUUCGAGGCGAUCCUGAAGGACGCCAGCGGCGGCGGCGUGGACGCCAACCUCAUGGACCAGAGCUAGCGCUAGCCGCGCGCGCACCUCCUACGCCUCCUCACAUUUACUUUAGUUUAUUUCGUUGUUUGGUUUCUAUACGAACCGGUACUCACUCAUCUGGCUUAUAUUGUAAAAACAUUCGAAAUAGACAGAUGAUACAACAUUUA